AUGCAGCGGUUCAUGGAGACGAACAUCAGCCGCAGCAGCAUCAUCCGCAUAUUCGAGGUGCUCAACACUUUCCGCCCGACGUUCCGGUCGAUCGCGCAGGCAUUGACCGACAUCGACCUGCUGCUGGUCGAGGAGGGCUUUGAGCGGCUGCUGCUGGACUAUGACAAUGUCUUCAACUCGUUCGGCAUUUACAAGGCCAACCGCGAGUUCGCCGACCUGGUUGGCGUUCCAUUGUCGUACUUCCACGAAGGCCGCGUGUGCAUAUACGAGUUGAUGUCCGAGACGUCGACCAAGGCUGUCCUGACCACCUGUGUGCUGCAGACCGCUGCCUCGAUUCGCUCCAUGGUGCGCACCAACUCUGCUGCCAAACGCAUCGCGCCCAGCUCCGGUUCCGGUUCUGGCUUUGGCCGCAGGUCCGCUGCCGCUGCCGCGCACUCGGACCAGCCGUCGCCGUCGCAGCCCAGCAACCCCGUGCGCUGCUGCUUCUCCUUCACCCUGCGCCGUGACAAGUACAAGAUCCCGCUGGCCAUCGCCGGAAACUUUAUGCCGAUCCAGCAGUAA